AGACAAACCCAAUCCUAAAAAGUUCAAACAAAAAGCAGGCCAGGCGUUCCGUGGGCACAAUGAAGCGCGCUCGCACGGUCACUCUUACACCCGCUAUUCUAAGCUCCUUGGGGGAGCUGCAGGAUGGCCUCAACGCAAUGAUCGACCCUUCCUGGAGGUCAGUCCGCUCUCUGAACGACUGGGGACUCGCCAUUACAAUGGAAUCGACAGAGCUGCUCGACUCCUACCCGUGGAAGUGGUGGAAGAACAUCAAUGCUACGCCCGACUUCGCAAACGUGAAGAUCGAACUGGUCGACAUCUUGCAUUUUUCGCUCUCAGGGGCCAUGCAGAUUCGCUCAAUGCCAGAGGACAGCAUUCCAGAAGUCUCGCGCAAACCACUGAAGGAUGUAAUGCACGUUUUCUGUCCGUCAAAGGAAUGCGCAAGCGACCCGCAUGGCAUCUUGUUCUUCCCGCUGUCAGACACUCAAAACACCAUUGCCAGCUUCCGUAACGUGAUCCAGCUUGCAAAUGCAUAUCGCUUUGAUGUCAUCACGGAGAGCAUUAUUGCUGCGGCGGAAGACAUGGGGUUUAACCUUGUGUCCUAUUACGUUGCCAAGCAUACUUUGAACUGCAUCCGUCAGCUUGGUGGAUACAAGGAUGGCUCCUACGUGAAAGUGAACAACGGUGUCGAGGACAACGUUCUUCUGCACGACUGCAUCAAAAGCUUCUCUUUGGAGGACGUCCUGGACGACAACAAGUACGUGGUUUCCUGGAAUCAGAUCAUCACCCGAGUUUACGAGGCUUUUCAAGUCAAGGAGUGUGACCGCAAGGAUGCUGAAUAUUGGUUCAGGUACGCAAAGGAGGACCGCUCAGUGGGCAGUAAGUGA